GAACUACGUAAAUAUUUUUGGAGUGCAUUAUAAAAUGACUAAUAGUUUUUCUCUUCACGAAUAUUUCUUCCACUGAGAAUCCACGAACUAGUCUCUAUUCAUAGAAUUUUUAAAGUACAAAAUGAUGAAGCAUGACGACGAUAAAAAUUGUCCUGGACAAUAUUGCCCCGGUGAUAACGCAGAAUUUAGAUCGUACGGACAAUCAGUAUGAAUGGAGAGAGUAAUAUCCUCCAGAUGACAAAUGAGAUAUCGUCGCGACGGGAUGUCCGCUCUUCACGACUAUUAGAAUCGAGUUAAAAGUGUGCGGCACCCCAUCAACGUGUUUAUGAAGGUGUUAUUCAUUGUCAUGGAACAUCACCUGAGAAACCCCGCCUACUAUUACGCGGGGAAUUAGGGAAAACCGCCCCUGGCAUGCGCGAUACCGAUUUUUUUCAUCGUUUAAGGGUUUUCGAUUUUUUUGAAUGUUUGAUAGACCUCACAGGUCUUUCACAUUUCUUCUCGCACUGAUCUUACGCGAAUCCGUUACGGUAGUCCGGAAAUAUGUCGGGGGUCGGUAUUUGCGACCAAGAGGCACCGUUGGAUCUCAGUUUUCGGGGGCGGAACGGAUUCCGAUCCAUUGGGGAUAAGAAAUUGCCCUGUGGUAGCUGCGGAAAGUAUUUCGAUCGUCCAUCGUUGCUGAAGAGACAUAUCCGGACGCAUACAGGUGAAAAACCCCACGGCUGUGCAGUCUGUGGAAAAAUGUUCAGCACGAGCAGUUCCCUGAAUACUCACGUGAGAAUUCACACUGGGGAACGUCCGCACGAAUGCUCCAUAUGCGGAAAACGCUUCACCGCCUCUUCGAACCUCUACUAUCACCGCAUGACGCAUUACAAGGAGAAGCCCCACAAGUGCAAUGACUGCGAGAGGUCCUUUCCCACCCCUGGGGAUCUGAGAGCUCACAGUUAUUCGCACACGGGAAACUGGCCGUUCAAAUGCCCCGUCUGCGGAAGGGGUUUCUGCAAGCCCGGAGCUUUCCAUCAUCAUGUAGAAUUGCACAGUGGGAAUUUUCAACACACCUGCAAGCUCUGCCUCGGAAAAUUUCCGUCACUAAACGGUCUCCGGACUCACGCAAAAACCCACCUCAUCAAACCGUUCCCCCAUCCAAGUAAAAUCGUCUCCUGGAGUCAAUGGUUCCAAUGAAAAUGGAAGAACUAGGGGAAUCAUCAUGGUAUCAGAGGGAGAAUGCAGGAGAAUAAAAAGAUCUUUUGG